AUGCUGCCACUGGUGCACUCGGAGAAGAGACUGGAACAGGAGGCCAUCGGCUGGGCCCGCGGCGGACGCGGCGUCUGCUACUACUGCAACGGCAUCCGCCACCGCCGCCACGGCUGCUACUACACCCUCAGCUUCGCGCUCACCCUGCCGCACAGCUGGGACGUCGUGCACGUCGCCCACUGCUACCCCUACUCAUACACCGACCUGCAGAGGAGCCUGGCGGCGCUGCAGCUCUCCCAAGGGCCGCCGGGGCGCUGGCUGCGGCGCGAGGCACUCUGCAGCUCGCUGGCGGGCAACGCGGUGGACGUGCUGACGAUCACGGCGGCCGUGGGGGACCGGGGGGCUGUGCCGCUUGAGCAGCGGCGGGGCGUCGUGCUGUCGGCGCGUGUGCACCCCGGGGAGACCAACGCGUCGUGGAUGAUGGCGGGCGCGAUGGAGUUCCUGCUGGGACCCAGCGACGAGGCGGCGGCACUGAGGGGGGCCUUUGUCUUCAAGGUGGUGCCAAUGCUGAACCCGGACGGCGUGGUGGUUGGCAACUACCGCUGCAGCCUGGCGGGCCUGGACCUCAAUCGAGAGUACCAGCAGCCGGCGGCGCCAACGCCAGAGGUCCGCGGCUUCAAGGACAUGGUCCGCGCGUUCAUGAGGGAGAGGGAGGUGGUCUUCUCCUGCGACCUGCACGGCCACUCCCGCAAGCUGGGGGUGUUCGCCUACGGCUGCGACAAGGGCCCCAAGGACUCGACGCCCGCCGCGCCCGGCUGGCCCGUCCCCGGGUCCCUCGGCGGCCUGGCUGGCGUGCCGCCCCUCAGCCAGGCCCGGCUGUUUCCGCUGAUGCUGCACCUGAACGCGCCGGACCUCUUCUCAUACAAGAGCUGCAACUUUGCGGUCCAAAAGUCCAAGGCGGGCACUGGCCGUGUGGUGGGGUUCAGGGAGCUUGGCCUGGUCAACGCCUUCACCCUCGAGGCCUCCUUCUGCGGCGCCGCCGCCGGCAGCCGCCACGCCGGGCACCACUUCAACGCCGGCCACCUGGAGGAGAUGGGCGCCGCGGUGGUGCGCACCCUCUGCGACUACUGGGCGCCGCCCCAGGCCAGCAACGUGGGGGAGCUGGUGCGGGUGCUGGAGAUGACGUCACCGGCGGCGGGCCGCGCGGCGGCGCACUUCGUGCAGACACCUGACGGGUUGGAGCUGGUGGAGAGGGGUGAGGAGGAGGAAGAGGACGUGCAGGCGGCGGACGGCGACGCGGCGGCGACAGACAGCGACGACGAGUCGUCGGAAGACGAGCCGAGGCCGCCGCAACGGCUGCCAGCUGCUGGCUCCGGCAGCAGGCCGGGCAGCGCUUGGCGGGGUGCGGGGCCGAGCGGGAUCGCAUCGGUGGCUAUGGCGCUAGUGGCGGCAGGGCCGGCAGGCGACAGCGUCGCCGCGGACAUCGCCAGAGCAGCCGCGGCGCUGAUCUCGGGCAUGCCCGCGCCGCAUCAGGCGGGCGGGCCCGACGCCAGCCCCGGCGGCGCUGGGGGCGGCGCGGCCCCUGGUCCUGGGGCGCCGCUGCCACCAGGCGUGGCCGCUGCGGCGAGCGGCGCGGGAGCGGGGGGAGGUGGCAGCGGCGGGGCCGUCGAGGCAGCUGCGGCGCAGCUGGCGGCGGCGUACGCCGCUUACGCGGAGCUGCUGCAGCUUAUUCAGCAGGCUGCCAGGGACAGCAGCAGCUCCAGCGACGAGCUGGCGGGCCCUGCGGAGCGCGGCCGCAGCCCCUCGCCCCUGCCAGACCCCGACAGCGGCUGCUGCACGCCCGGCAGCGGCCGGCACGGGUCCUUCUCGGCCCUGGUCGCGGGCAGCGGCGGCAAGGGGCUGCGACUCGAUGCGGGGCGGUACUUGCAGUUGAUGGCAAAGAAUAAAGGCCAGGCCGGGGGAGUGCUUGACGACAGCUUGAUUGCAGCAGGGCAACAGCAGCAGCAGCAGCAGCAGCAGCAGCAGCAGCAGCAGCAGCAGCAGCAGCAGCAGCAGCAGCAGCAGCAGCAGCAGCAGCAGCAGCAGCAGCAGGCCGACUGCGCCUCACCGACCUGCGGGCAGCUUGCCGGAGACACUGGCGGCCCGGGCGCCCCCGGCGCCCUGCUCAGGGCAGAGUCCUGGGUGACGGGCCAGCAGGUGCGGGCGCAGCGGCAGGGUGCGCGUCCAGGCAAGCAACAUCCUGCUACUCCUGGGUAG